ACUCCAGCUUGAUAGAGAGGAAGGGAGAGGGGAAAGCCAGUGGGGGGAGGAGGAAGGGUCACCAGGGUCCCACACCCAACUGCCUCAGGACAGAAACUGCACUCAGAAGGGCAGGCACCUGCAGGUCUGGAUUCUCCGCUCCCAAGAGGGGAACAGCUGGGAGGAUGGACCUCAGGGGCUAGAAACAAUUGCAUGAGUUCUGGAAGGGACUGGAGGCCUGGACUCCUGGGUCCCCAAGGGAGGAAGGGUGGAGAGAGCUAGAGGCUCAGAUUUCUGGGUCUUGAGAAGGACAAGGGCUGGGAGUUUGAACACUGAAGCUAUAAAGUGGGAGGAAGGAAGCUAGGGGCCCCUGGAAGCUAAGGUGCUGCCUGCUCGGUUCUGAGACUGGAAGUGGCAGUUUGGGGGUGAGGUCCUGAAGAAAGUGGAGGUCAUGUUCUUGGCCUGACAGUGUCUUUGGCUCUUCUGGAACGCCGACAGUCCCACCCCGCCACCCAGCCCUGUUCCCCAAAUCUCUCACACAGCGCCAGUCCCCAGCGCCAGUCCCAGGGCGGAUAGAGCCAGAGGGAGCCUGGACAGACCCCGGCAUGUGGGGAUACCUGUCCCUGCUGCCCGCCUUCCUGGCAUUCUGGGCUACUGCUGGCAUCUGGACCGUUUUUUCGCUUGCUGUAGCCAACAAGGCUGUGAACCUCACGGAAGGCUUCCCCUAUAUCAGUCGAUGUGGAAAUAACCCCCCUCAGAGCUGCAUCUUCAGCCAGGUGCUCAACUUGGGAGCUGCUUUGGCCGCCUGGACCUGCAUUCUCCGUUACCACCAGCUUCGGGACUGGGGGGUCGGAAAGUGGCCUAACCAGCUGAUCCUGUGGAUGGGGCUCCUCUGCGCCUUGGGCACCUCCAUAGUGGGCAAUUUUCAGGAAAAGAACCAGCGGGCCAUGCACCUGACGGGGGCCUUCUUCGCCUUCUUUGUGGGAAUAUUCUACUUCUGGCUGCAGGUCCUUCUCUUCUGGAGGAUGAAGAGCCUGCCCCAGCCUGGGGCUCCCUGGAUCGGGCCACUCCGUCUGGUCCUCUGCAGCAUUUGCACCAUCCUCACGGUGGCCAUGGUCGUCCUCCACACCUGGUCACUGCGCUCAGCCUCUGCCGCCUGUGAAUGGGUCGUCGCCAUGCUGCUGUUCAUCCUCUUUGGCCUCUUUGCGGUGGACUUCUCCGGCCUGCACGGCUGCACCCUGUGUCUCCAGCCUGGCCCUGGCAGCCUGAGCCCCCCGCCGGCCUCCCCCGUCUCCCUGAAGGUCCAGCUCUGAACACCUGGUCAGCGUAGCAUCUUCACACCUCCUGUCCCUGCCGUCUGGUUCCGCCCCUGCAACCAGGGCCACCCAGGAAGCGAGAGGCCAAGGCCAGCCAGCCAUCCCUGAUCAAGGAUAUUUAUUAUUAUUAUUAUUAUUAAUUUUUUUUCUUUUUUGCCGCCGGCGGAAUCAGAGACACGGACGCAGGCAGGAUCACGCGAAAUCAGAAUUCCUUUCGGAGAGCAAAUCCGUACAGAAGGUCAUGGGGGAAGGGAGAAGACCAGGGGAGGGGGGCCCAGGAAGGGGGAGUUGGGGACACAAGGACAGAUGGCCCUGUCCGUCCGGAUCUGCUAAGCCACCCCAACCAGACC